AUGGCACCACCGAUGCAAAGUGAGAUUUGGACUUAUUUUAAACCAGAUAAUGAUCGAAAUAAAGCUCAGUGUAUAAUAUGUAAUAAAACAUAUUCUCGCAAGGCUCGUACCACUUCGUCUUUGAAAAAUCAUGUGAAAUCCAUGCACCCAGAACAGUUUUGUUUGUUCGAAAGUUCGAAUAACGAAAGACAAAUGCAGAAGAUGAAAGCUGAUGCACAUAAAAUCCUCACUCCACUACAAGAAGCAAAGAAACAACUUUCGAUAGAGGAAGCAGUUCAAAAAGAAAAAAAGUGGGAUACUACCAAUUCAAAUUCGAAAAAAAGUGACAAACUCAUCGGAGAAAUGAUUGCACUUCAAAAUUUACCGUUUAAUUUUGUAGAGGGACUCGGUUUUCGCAGACUGAUACAAGAAUUAUCACCAAGGUAUAAUUUAAGAGGGCGCAAUUUUUUUACUGACUUUGUGAGCACGGAACUGUAUGGAAAAGUUGCUAACAAAGUGAAAGAAUUAAUCGAAAAAUUUGAUUACAUGGCGUUUACUUCUGAUAUUUGGUCGGAUCCAAGCUCUAAUGCAUCUUUGCUUAGUCUGACUUGUCAUGGAAUCGCAGAAAACUUUGAUCGAUCAUUGAUUAUAUUGAAAUGGGAAACCUUCGACGACCGUCACUUAGGUGACAUAAUUGCAGAAAAAUUUGACACCAUGCUUACUGAAUGGAAUAUUUCAAAAGAACAAGUGCACUGCAUUAUUCGUGACGAAGGCUCCAAUACGAAAAGAGCUAUGCGAUUAGCAGUAUUGAAUGAUUUGGAUUGUGCAGUUCACAAGAUGCAACUCGCUAUUCGAAGUGGUUUACAAUCGCAGGAAACCAUAACAAUCGUCAAACAAAAAUGUAAGAAAAUUUCGACUCACUUUAACCAUUCCACCAUUGCUCAAAAACAACUGCAAAAAAUCCAGGACAGACUGAAUCAACCGCAUCUCAGAGUGUUUCAAGAUUGUGUAAAAGAUACAUUGAGUCUUUAUAUCAAUGACAGUGAAAUUGACCCUAUUUUACCAGAAGACUGGAAAAUUAUUGAAUGUUGUGUUGAUCUAUUGAAACCUUUUGAAGAAGCCACACGGGAACUAAGUAACUCUCAUACACUUAUAUCAUCUGUGAUUCCAAUAAUUAAAAUGCUUGGAAAAAAACUUGAUGAUUAUUUAACAAGACCACAGGAUUCUGAUCCAAUUCGGGUGGCCGUCACGACUCUGAAAACUGAAGUUUCAGCAAAAUUUUCUUUGUUGGAAGAGAACAAUUUAUAUGUCAUAGCCACGUACUUAGACCCGCGCUAUAAGCACAAGUUUUUUACACCAGUGACCGAGGAAAAUAUUAAGGACGAUAUUUUGAAGAUUAGGACAAACAUAGAGAAUGACGUCUCAAACUCUCAAAUAUCUCCAAAUUUCAAAGCAGCGAAAAAAGUGAAAAUGGGAGCAGAAAGCCAUGCUUGA